UUACGGUUGUAUCCGCCUAUGCGAAUGGAGGAGAGUGUCCCGUGUCGGAAAGUCACCCUUUCUCUUAACAUUACCAUCUGUUAACAUUACAGCAGACUUCUGAUAAAGGACAUGGGAGGCACAGAGAGCACUGGGAGGAAAGUGUCUUUCGGUCUGAAUGAAGAGGACAACGUUACGGUUCUGCAAGGAAUUAAGUUGUCUGAAGAUGUUCGUCAAAGGAUGCGGGAGACUAAUCACUCUCCAGGGAAACCUCAGUCUUCAAAACCAGAGAGUCGCAAGCCUGACCCAGCUCCAGGCGGACAUUCUUCGGCUGAGAUUCCAGAGGAACUAAGAAAAAGGUUCGAGCUGGAGCAGGCUCUGCUGAAGGAGGAGUUGGCACGUAUCACUCGUAGAGAAAAAGAGUCUGUGGGAGAUGAUGUGAACCCUGCUGUUCUCCAAGAAAGAGCCAGAACCAAAGAGGAACAGAAGAAUGUACAGAACUUAGCCAAACAGCUAGCGAGGAAAGAGGCUGAACUGAAGCAUCUGGCUGCAUUCUACAAAGAGCAACUGCAGCUCAUGGAAAACAAGAAUAAAGAAUACUACCAGCAGUCAACCCAAAUGUACAAUGAGGCAGCUACUAAAGCUAGUACCAACAUCAAGCCGAAGAAUACAGUUCCCAUUUGUUCAGAGAUGCAGUCUCAGGUGCUGAACUGUUUUAAAGAGAACAGACAUCAGACUCUGCACUGCUCCAGCCUGGCAAAGGAAUAUAUGAACUGCAUUAACUUGGCCAAGAAGAACAUAAUGGUUAACCAUGGAUCAUGAAGGUUGAAGAAGAUGAAGAUGGUGAGCAUGAGGAAGAGGAUCAGAGAGACAGCAUAACUUACCAGUAUCGUUUUUCAUGUGCACCUAUGAGAGAGAGAGUGUGUGGAGGAGUGUAUGUGUGUGCAUUCCUGCAAACAAUUUCUUUUGUUUUCAUGUAUAUAUACUAUAUCUAAAGAAUGUUCAUGUUCGUGACAGGAGUCCCUCUUCUGCCGUGGAACGAGCAGGAUACUGUCUUGGCAUGUGUGUGCAGAGAUGUUGAUUUGUUUAGAUAUAGUUGUCUUGACAGUGGCACAUAUCAGACAAUAAAACAUCUGCAACACCAGUCA